CGUUGCGUAGUGAAUGGCUGCACACCGUUAUCGCUUGGAAAAUGUACARAAAUUCUAUUUUAGCUUAAAAUAAUAAUUUAGAAAAACUAUUAAAUGCUAAUGUGUGUGUGUGSCGAGUAUUUACAUUUGUGCAGCAACCGAAUAAUGAAAGCAUAGCCUUCCAUCCUACUGUAACUGCCACACUGCUGUUGCUGGCUCAGCAGAGUAAAAAUAGGAAAAGGCGGGUAGCGGAAGAAGAAGCAAUCAAGUGGCAGCAACGAUAACAAAAACAACAGCAGCAGCCAGCAGCCGCUGCGGCAGCUCCGCAGGCAAAAUGCAGAAAGUUAAUUAGCGUGAACAGAAUCACCGCUCCGUGGGUGGUCAGUCGCAAUUUGUGUGUGUGCGCGCGUGUAGGUCAAGAAGGGUGGRCGCCUGGAUGACAUGGAGUUCGCUGAUCUGAUAAAAACACCCAAAUUGGAUGGGGUAUUCCUGCAUACCAAUGCAACAAAUGCAACAGUUGAAGGCACCCUGUGCAUAACGGGUCACCAUUUACUGCUCAGCGCACGCCAGGAGAGCACACAGGAGCUAUGGCUGCUGCACAAGAACAUCGAUUGCGUGGAAAAGAAGCCGAGCAUGGGCCAGAACAUUGUCAUGGGCGGCAUCAUAACACUAAAGUGCAAAGAUUUGCGAAUUAUAUCUCUCGAGAUCAAGUACGCCAAAGACUUCUUCAACGUAGCCGCCUCCUUGGAGGCGCUCAGUGCAAUACAGAACGUGGAGCUGGAGUAUCCAUUCUUCUACAGACCCAUGUACUCAAUACUGGAGGAUGGCUUCACCAUGUUUAGGCCUGAGCUGGAAUUUGCACAUCUUAUCAGCGGCAUGAGCAUGGGCGGUGCCUCGUCACCAAAUGUGGCAAACAUAACAAUUUGCACGCCUUCCACAUCGUCUGUUGGCAUGGGCCAUAGCAGCAUACCCCAUCCKCUGCAAAAUGGAUUCGCAUUGGACGCGGCGACUGCGUUAGUGGGCAGCUGUAGCGGAAGCGGCAACUUUGUGYCGGCCUGCGAGUGGCGAAUCAGCCACGUAAAUAGUGACUUUAGCGUCUGCCCCACAUAUGGCGCCACACUGAUUGUACCUAAAGCAAUUAGCGAUGAACAAAUCGCACUCUCCGCUGCAUUUCGAGAUGGCGGACGUUUCCCAUUGCUCAGCUACAGGCAUGAGAACGGCGCCAUACUGAUGCGCAGCUCACAGCCGUUGUCCAUACAGGGUAUCAAGCGCUGUCGCGCCGACGAGGCGAUACUCAACCUUGUGCUGGGACGCAGUAAAAAGGGCUUCAUUGUCGACACGUGGGGCAAGGGCAAGUCKAACACGGAAACUGAUCUGCACUACUCGCAGUGGAAGAAGGUGAAUCGCGCAAUCGGCAAUGUCACCUCACCCGCCUCCAUUCUGGACAGCUUUGCCAAACUGAUUGAAGCCUGCAACGAUAUUGGAUGCAGUACAGACAAGUGGCUAUCGCGUUUGGAGAGCAGUGGCUGGCUAAGCCUGGUGCUCAAUUCGUUAAAUGCUUCGUGUGUGGUGGCCCAGUGCUUGGAUCAAGAGGGCAGUCCAGUGCUGGUGCAUGGCGCCAAGGGUCUGGACUCCACCCUGAUUGUCACGUCGUUGGUGCAAAUCAUCUUGAAUCCAGAUUGCCGAACUGUGCGCGGCUUGCAAGCACUGAUUGAGCGUGAGUGGAUACAGGCGGGDCAUCCUUUCGCCGCGCGACAUCGCUACUCCUGCUACACUCCACAUCAGUUGAGGAACAAGAACUCGGGCGCCACCUUUGUUCUCUUUCUGGAUUGCAUAUUUCAGCUGUUUACACAGUUUCCGUGCAGCUUUGAGUUCAGCACGCAGCUUCUUAUAUUGCUCUUCGAGCACAGCUACUUCUCGCAGUAUGGCACCUUCUUAUGCAACUCGGAGCGCGAGCGACACGAGCUGCAGGUGCACACAAGAACCACCAGCUUGUGGUCGUACCUUAAUCGACCAGAUGUGCUGCAAACCUUACUUAAUCCCCUGUAUGAGCCGAAUUCCAGCGUGAUUUGGCCCUCUGUGGCGCCCAUUAGUUUGGAACUGUGGAGCGAACUCUAUUUGCGCUGGGUGAUUGAUCAAGGCAAUUUAGCAACAACCAUGACACAAAUACAGGAGCUGAUAACAAGCGAAAAAGAGCUGAGAACCCAGGUGAAAGCUGUAACUUUCAAGUUAUACAUUUGA